GCGACUGGGAAAGUGAAAGUCAAUUGUUUGUUGUGGUGCUAGCGUGAAGUUGGUCAAGUCUAUCGCUCCUGCCUCACCUAGUCAGCUUUUCACUUCCACUGCUGAAGGUCCUUCUGAAGGUAACCAGAACAGCAGUGGCAACGCCCCACUAGCGCCAUAUCUACUCCAUCCAGCAAUCAUCAAUCGCGUGAAUUAAAUCUUCUUCCACCUCCCCACCAUCUACUGUCAAACUCAACUUCUGCCUGGCCUCCAGAAUUAAACACCCUCAAUCAACACUCAUCCAAGCCCCUACCUAGUCUACAAACCACUUUCAAUCGCUGGGCAGUUACAUAUACCCUACCACCUCAUAUCCUCCAGCAUUCUAACGCGCCAAACAGCCUUCUUUCACAACUCUCAUCUACAAAUCUCAACGCCACAACACCUUCAGCAUGUCUGACAACGGAAGCCCCGCCCCAGAGAAGCCCGAGGGUGCUGGACAGACUGAACACCUCAACAUCAAGGUCACUGAUAACAACAACGAGGUCUUCUUCAAGAUCAAGCGCACCACCAACCUGAAGAAAUUGAUGGACGCUUUCUGCGAGAGGCAAGGCAAGGCGCCAAACUCGGUCCGGUUUCUCUUUGAUGGUAGUCGUGUCGCCCCAACCGAUAGCCCAGAGACCGUAAGUGCCAGUCUUCUCUCCUCUCAACCCAGAGGCGGGGUUUACUCCUCACCUUCACCUUCACUUUUCAAUCUCGGGUGGCUAAUUUCUUUCUUUUCCAGUUGGAUAUGCAAGAUGGCGAUACGCUCGAGGUUCACCAGGAGCAGAUCGGAGGAUCAGCCUGA